GUGUUCAUCCGUGUCAGUCGCACUUGAAGUGAAAGCCUCAAACCGGGAUUCGAGCGUUCGCAUUGAACACCAACUGGGUUUAGAGAUUAUCACUUGAAGUUUGACGUUGGUGCCGAGUUGCGAAAAAAUUGCGUGGUGUUGAGGCAUACACAUCGAAGCAACUAUGGCCGACCAAGUUGAAUCCCAGGUGCCAGCCGGAAAUGGCAAUGAUGAGCCGUUUCUCGGACCAUUAGAUAUGGUUUUGCUUGCUAGUCUGGUUGCAGGCGCAGCUUGGUACCUUUUGAGAAAUCGAAAGAAAGAUAAUCAAGCAAGUCAGUUCAAAUCGUAUUCAAUCCAACCUACAACGGUUAGCACAAUGACAAUGGUGGAAAACUCAUUCAUCAAGAAGCUGCAAUCCUCCGGCCGUCGUUUAGUCGUAUUUUAUGGUUCGCAAACAGGAACAGCAGAAGAGUUCGCGGGACGACUUGCGAAAGAAGGAAUACGUUAUCAGAUGAAGGGUAUGGUAGCCGACCCUGAAGAGUGCAAUAUGGAGGAGUUGCUGAUGUUGAAAAACAUUGACAAGUCCCUUGCGGUGUUUUGUUUAGCGACCUACGGCGAGGGUGACCCAACCGAUAACUGUAUGGAAUUUUACGAUUGGAUCCAAAACAAUGAAGUGGAUUUUACUGGAUUGAACUAUGCGGUAUUUGGGCUUGGUAACAAAACAUACGAACACUACAACAAGGUUGGAAUAUAUGUGGACAAACGUUUAGAAGAGCUUGGUGGCAAUAGAGUGUUCGAGCUGGGACUGGGCGACGAUGAUGCCAACAUUGAGGACUACUUCAUAACAUGGAAGGAAAAGUUCUGGCCUACAGUCUGUGAUUACUUUGGAAUUGAAAGUACUGGAGAUGAUGUUUUGAUGCGUCAGUAUCGGUUGCUAGAGCAACCAGAUGUUGGUGCUGAUCGUAUUUACACCGGUGAAGUAGCGCGAUUGCAUUCGUUGAAAACACAACGCCCACCUUUCGAUGCUAAAAAUCCAUUCUUGGCACCCAUGAAAGUAAAUCGAGAGUUACACAAAGCAGGCGGACGCUCUUGCAUGCAUAUUGAGUUCGACAUUGAAGGAUCGAAAAUGCGGUACGAGGCCGGUGACCAUUUGGCGAUGUAUCCGGUGAACAACAAUGACUUGGUGCUACGUCUGGGAAAACUCUGCGAUGCCAACCUCGACGCGGUAUUUUCCCUUAUCAAUACCGAUACAGAUAGCAGUAAAAAGCAUCCAUUCCCUUGCCCAACUACCUAUCGCACUGCUCUAACUCACUAUUUGGAAAUCACUGCGUUACCUAGGACGCACAUUUUGAAGGAGUUGGCUGAAUAUUGUGCGGAGGAAAAGGACAAAGAGUUCUUGCGCUUUAUAUCCUCCACGGCUCCCGAAGGCAAGGCCAAAUAUCAGGAAUGGAUUCAAGACAGCUGUCGCAAUAUCGUUCACGUGCUGGAAGAUAUUCCUUCCUGUCGCCCACCGAUCGAUCAUGUGUGUGAACUGCUUCCUCGAUUACAACCGCGCUACUAUUCGAUUUCUUCCUCGUCCAAACUACAUCCAACGACGGUCCAUGUCACUGCCGUCCUGGUAAAGUACGAAACAAAAACGGGCAGAACGAACAAGGGUGUGGCAACAACAUUCUUAGCCGAGAAACAUCCCAGUAACGACGAGCCGCUCCCGCGCGUACCAAUCUUUAUUCGUAAGAGCCAGUUCCGACUACCGCCGAAACCGGAAACGCCAGUAAUCAUGGUUGGCCCCGGUACGGGCAUUGCGCCAUUCCGAGGCUUUAUUCAAGAGCGCGACCUGAGCAAGCAGGAAGGAAAGGAAAUAGGCAAAACGAUACUGUACUUCGGUUGUCGCAAGCGCUCCGAAGACUUCAUUUAUGAAGAAGAACUUGAAGGUUAUCAAGACCGUGGAGUCAUCAACUUGCGUGUUGCUUUUUCACGUGAUCAAGAAAAGAAGGUAUACGUCACGCACUUGUUAGAGCAAGAUAUUGACCUUAUAUGGGACGUUAUAGGAGAAAACAAAGGACAUUUCUACAUUUGCGGUGAUGCAAAAAAUAUGGCAACAGAUGUGCGUAAUAUUUUAACGAAAGUAAUUCGUACGAAAGGAGGACUCAGUGAAAGCGAAGCGCAGCAAUACAUCAAGAAGAUGGAAGCCCAGAAGCGAUACUCGGCGGAUGUAUGGAGCUAAUCAGUAGUGUCUUCCAGGGAGGUUUUUUUUAUAUUUUUCAUGUUACUGCAUACAUAAGUCAAUAUUCUUUCCGUUCCCUUUGUUAAAUCGGUGUUUAUCUUACACUGUUGUCAUUGGAGUCCUAGUUUUUUGUCUACCUUUAUUUCGUUAACAUCUAUGUGAAAACCGUACAUGAGUAAGACAGUUUGUUUAUCCA